AUGGCCGAGGUUGCAGGACUCGCACUCGGGGCCGUCGGGGUUGCAGGCCUCAUCGGCGCUUUCAAGGACACUAUUGACCUCUUCGGUCUCUUGGCCGAUUCCCGUGGACUGGGCCGAGACUACGAAAUCUUGCAGAUCAAAUUUGACAUACAGAAGGCCCUUCUCCUUCAGUGGACUGAUCGAGUAGGCCUCUUGCACGAAUGCGACUACGACCCAUGUCUCGAUCAAGCUCACAUCCAGGAAGCUAUCGGUCAGAUCCUAAGCUGUAUUCGACUCUUGUUGACCGAUGCUUCCGCUUUGAAAAGCAAGUAUGGUCUCUCCCAGAUGGAUGAUGAAGCACCUGUCUCGGAGAUCACCUCCAUUCCCUCAAUCAGCGCUUGGCGUAUGAGAGUGUUCAACAGCCAAUACGAAGAGUUCAAGAGGAGAAUCGCGCAGCGCAACGACAAGCCUUUUCGAACCAGGGCCCGCUGGGCUGUCCGUGACAAGCAAAAGUUUGAGGGCUUUGUCAGGGAUCUGGCAGAUUUCAUCUCGAGCCUCGAUAAGCUCACGCCUGUUACUCGUGGACAACCCUCUCUCCAGAACAUGGCAGAUGACGACGUAAAGACUAUUCGCGGGCUGCCAGGCCUCAAGAUGUUGCUUGAAGCGUCCCAAAACUCGCACAAACUCAUUUCUGAGUCAACUCAGCGAAAAAUAUCUCGCACCUGCGAGGAGAUGAUACUCAGCCGACUCUGGUUCAGGAAGAUCCAUGACAGGAGGGAAGACGUGGCCGAUGCACAUCUUGAUACCCUUCAGUGGGCUCUCUAUCCACCCAAGGGUGAGGCUCGCUGGGAUGAUUUAUCCCAGUGGCUCCGACAAGACUCCGAACAUGGCAUAUACUGGAUAUCUGGCAAGGCUGGGAGCGGCAAGUCGACUCUUAUGAAGUAUCUUCAUUCGCAAGAGCGCACCCGGAGACUUCUCCGAGAGUGGUCCGGUGCAAGUUCCUACACGCUGGUCGACUUUUUCUUCUUUAAUCUCGGCACCCAGGAGCAAAAGUCUUUUGAAGGGCUAUCACGGGCGCUUUUGUACCAAAUCUUGAAGCCUAAUCCGUCUCUCAUCCACCAAGCGCUUCCGGACAUGGUCAAAGAACUCAAAGAAACCGAAAAUAGCCCGAGUUUGCCAUCACUGUCGGAGAUUCGAUAUGCUUUUCGGGUCCUCACCCGUGAAUCUGCCAUGGGCAAGUCCUUCAUAUUCAUCGACGGGCUUGAUGAGUUUGAGGGCAACAUUCGGGAAAGCAUUUCGCUAAUUCAAGAGCUCGGUCGCUCGCGUCACAUCAAAGUCCUCGUCUCGAGCCGGCCUAUCCCGGCUUGUGUGGCUGCAUACGAGAAUCUUCCCAAGCUACACCUACAAGACCUCACACGGAAGGACAUCAGGGCGUAUGUGGAAGAUGUGAUCGGCAGCCACCAGUACAUUAAGCGGCUUCUCAAACGAUCUCCUGAUGGAGUCAAGGGCAUGAUGGAGGACCUGGUCAACAAGUCAUCUGGCGUGUUUCUCUGGGUCGUUCUGGCAUGUCGAUCACUUCUCUCUGGGUUUGAAGACUGUGAUAGGUUACUAGAACUCCGCAGGAGAGUAGAUGAACUACCGCCAGAGCUCGAAGACCUCUUCGAUCUCAUGCUCGCCAAAAUCAACCAACGAUAUAAACAUCAGGGGGCUUACUUGUUGCGGCUGUGCUACGAAAGCCAACGAGCUUCGAGAAAUCCAGAUUGCCCGGCGCUCUCAGACAUGAGCACGCUCGCCCUUGCGCUCAUUGACGACUCGGAAAUUUCUACAAGUAACAUCUGGGACCUCUCUACGCAGGAGAAGAUAGAUCUCUGUGCCAUACUUGAAGGGCGGUUACGCAGUCGAUGUGGUGGGCUUUUGGAGAAGCAGUCAAAUCCGAACCAUGCCGACGCUGACAAUCCAGGGGCUUCAAGUGAAGAUGAUCUCCUCGUAGGUGGAAACGUUGUAUUCAUGCAUCGCACCGUCUUUGAGUAUCUGAGUGAUGAGUCGGUAUGGGAACGCGAUUGCUUGAAGGCGAAUUCUCAUGGACGGACCGUGGCGAAAGAUCUAUCGACGAGAGACUUUUAUCUUAUGAUUCUUUACGUUGAUGAACUGAAAUGGGAAGAUGGCAUAAUUGCUGAAAUAAUCGAGGACAAGCUGGCCGAAGCUCUCCGCAGUGGCCUCUUCUGGGUUCAAAUGGGCGACACCGGGUCUCAAAUGUCCUUUUUCGGGCAGUUACCUCAUCUCCUGAGCGAGCUAAAUGCUUGCAGACACAAACUCAAAGACGGGGAUCUCUCAUUUCUCACUCAAUCUUGCCCUCCGGUGCCGGAUACCACAAUGAAGAACUAUCUGCACUCAACUCUCCUCCUAGCCGCUGAUGUCGGUGCUCGAGAAUACAUGGUAAGGAAUCCCGAGUUUUCGACGCUCAACGGUUCCAGAAUGCCUGCAUGCGGCUGUCCUCCGUUAUUGUCGCUCGAAUUCAAGCCGCUAUUCCGCCUGGCUACAAGAAACCGUCCUUCGCCCAAAGGUGUCUCACUGCUUUUGAGGUCCGGGGCCAAUCCUGGGCUUGGAGACAGGGUAUUCACGCCCUGGCUCCUCUGGUUGCAAGAUCCGUCGGGACUCACACGGGAGCUUUGGACGGACGAUGAAUUGGUCCGAGUCAUGGACGUGGCCGAGACCAUGACCAGAUACGACGCUGGUGGAAUCAGGGAGUUGAGGAGAUGGUUGAACGAGUGUAACCAUCAAGACUGGCCUGUCCGCGUGAGGCAGAGGGGAGAUGAACUGCUUCAAUUUCUGGAGGAGCAUGAGAAGAGCGGUUCAUAUCUAACCAAGGACCAUAUUCUAUAUAGUGGCAGAUAG